UUUCCACUUAAAUCUUAUAAAACUACAAACUGAGUGCUUUAACUCAAGAAAUACAAAGUCCAAUUUUCCACUUCAUUCUUCAACACCGACAACAACAACAACAGAAACACAAAAACAACAAAAGCAACAACUACAACGAAAAAAUACAAUGAUCAAGAACAACUCGAAUUCCAAUCGAACAGCUGUUGCUGUUGACGCUGACGGAAGAGGUAUCGUUGAUUUUACUAGGGCUCCACCAACUACUGAUACUGUUUAUGAUGGUGACAAUAACGCUGCUACUGAAGCUGACAAUAACUCUGAUGGUUUGGUGGGGAAUCUGGAUGUAGAUGGCGAUGAUGAAAGCAUCAUAGCCAAGCACUCAAAUGGAAAUGAGGCUCUUGAUAUUGAAGUUGAAGAGUUGGAGGCUUUGCUUAAGAGUCAGCAGCAACAACAGGAUAAUAGCAGUAGCGAGGACAUUGAGCUGACAACUACUAGUAGUAUAUACAAUCCUCAAAAACGGCAUCAAAAGUCGGGCUUCCAAUUAGAAUCUUGCAAGUCUCCAGGCUAUAGUCGUCGUAGUCGUCAGGUGCUGAAAACAACCACGAUGAACACCACAACCAUCAAUGACAAUGAAAACCAAAAGCACCAGCAGUACACCGAUCCAAAUGGCAGAACAACAACGUCUUUGACUUCGCCUUCAUUAAAUUUAACAUCGCACCAUAUCCAGCAUCAGAACCAUCACCAUCAACAUCACCAAACCCAGCAGAACAAUCCGGAGGACCGCGAAGAGUACAAAGGACCAAAGAUAUGGAUGAACUUUCUUAGAGACUGGCCAAUUAUUUCACAGCCCUUGGCAAUACUGAUUAUAUUUCUGCUCCUUUGGAUAAUGGGAUACGCUCAAGCACCCAAGUAUGCUAUGCCCGAGACGGUAAUUAUGAGGAUUGCAUUCUUGUUUGUCGGAGCACAGAUCUCUGGGAUUCUGGUGACAUUUAUGCGAUUGCCCGAUAUGCUGGGUAUGUUGUUCUUCGGUGUGCUCUAUACUAAUUUGGGAUUGGCUGAUUUUAGUGGAUACGGAGCGUUGGAAUUAUUUCUUCGGGAACUUGCUCUUAUUACUUUAAUGCUACUAGCAGGUUUUGGAUUGGAUGGUUCAGCUUUUCAGAAACUUUGGGUAAUCAUUUUAAAACUUACUUUGAUACCAACUGUAAUCGAAACGGGUGUAAUUUGUAUCCUUGCCAAUUUUCUCUUGGACAUGCCUUGGUUCUGGGGACUUCUGAUGGGCCUCGUUAUCACAGCUGUCUCCCCCAAUGUGGUUGUCACCGUUAUGCUGAAACUUAAGGAACAAAAACUUGGCCUCAACAAUGGCAUCCACACAUUAAUCUAUGCGAUGACAACUUGCAACGAUGUUGUGGCGAUAUUUACUUUUGGGGUAAUUCUGGGUGUCAUCUUUAAUCCGGGGAAAUUGUCGGAUCAGAUAUUGCAAGGACCUGUUGGUAUUAUUGUUGGUGUGGUUUAUGGCUACGUUUUUGGAUUGAUUUUAGUCUACUUUCCAUCUAAGGAUUCGAAAUAUGUAAAUGGCCUGAGAUUCACAAUGACAGUACUGGGAGGUUGUGUGUCUGUAAUGGGCAGCCGAGCAAUGGGAUAUCCUUCGGCUGGUGCCUUGGGUUGUGUUACAGUAACGUUUGUUGCUGGAACUCUUUGGAGGAAACAACAGAAAGGAAAUGAAAAUCCAAGUGUUACAAAUCGCUUGGAUUUGUUAUGGAAGUUCCUAAAACCAGUGUCAUUCUCACUUAUUGGCAAGGAAAUUAAUUUCUCUGUUUUGGAUGGAAGGACGGUUUUGUAUGGACUUAUAGUUAUUGCUGUCGGAUGUAUGUUCCGUUUAGCGGCAUCAUACUAUUCAACUAAUGGAGCUAAUUUGACAACAAAAGAACGAUGUUACAUUACAAUUUGUGGCUUUCCGAAAGCAACAGUACAAGCAGCCCUUGGUCCCAUCGCUCUAGAUAUGGCCAGACAAUUAAAUGCGGGACCAGAUAUCCUUUCGUUAGCUAGCAAUAUCCUUGUGAUUUCUGUAAUCGCAAUUAUAUUCACAGCACCACUAGGCGCUAUCUUAAUGAUACAAUUAGCCCCGCGCUGGCUUAAGCACGAGGGUGAUGGAGGCACUGAUGCUCGUCAUCGUGAUGCCGAAGGAGCAUCUGAAUUGGACAGAAUACCAGCGCAAUCACCAGAUAACAUCGCCAUAAUCACAGUUGGAGAUAAUAGAAUCCUGACGGAUUCUGCCCAUUCCAACAAUGGUUUCGACCAUGGCAACAGUGGCAGAUAAUGUCUUGUUCUAUGUAAUAUUGGAAAGGGAAUGGUAGUUGGGGUUGCAUGACUGCUUGCUAUGAAGCCUAAUUAAGUACUUAGAAUGACAAAACGGAGCAAAGGACGAUUAUAAUGAAGAAGGAGGAGAAAGAUGAGAAGAAGCUGGAAGAGAUGUCAUAUUUUUUGUGUGGAAGUGAAAAAACAACAAUAUUUUGUUUUUGUUCUUGUUCUUUAAAGAAAUAUGUACUUAAUACUUAAAGAAAGCUUCAACUUAGAACUUUCUUUUUAUAUUUACCAACCUAAGUUAAGUUGAGUUGUUUUGAAAUGUUUUCAUACUUUUUGUACGAGUACUUAAGCAUGUUUCGUCCUUGGUCUUCGUUUCGUCCAAAAUGUUGUUAUGAAAUAUACUUAAUUUAUGUAGAAAAAACUUUUGAUAACAAUCUGUCUUUU